AUGGUGAUGUUGGUCCACGCCAAAGAUGAUGCCUACCUCGAUGCCGUCAUUCCCAAGCGCAUCCAACUCUUUGAAUCCAUACAGGCCCAGAAACAUGCUGCUCGACAGUCCCUCCCCUCCGAUCCUAUCAAACCAACAUGUAGACCGGGGGCUAUGCUUGAUUAUCAACUUCCCGAGCGAUUUGAGCUGUGUUACUCAUCGGAGGAAGGCAAGAUGGAGAGGCACAGAGCUAUUUUAGGUUCUGUUGAGCGCAUGGUUGCUGUACUGUUGGAAGACUACAAGGGGAAAUGGCCCUAG